AUGCAUGGGAGGGUUUGUGAAGAGAGGAGCAAAGGUCAUCGUCGUCGGCAUAUGUUUAGAGCUCCUUCGCGUGUAAUUGUGAGCGCUGAGGCUGUUGGUUCUUCGUCUCUCUCUCUUUCUUCUCCUACUUCCUUCUCUAAGGACGGACGCAGGAUUAGUGUUGGUGACUGUGCACUCUUUAAACCACCUCAGGAUUGUCCUCCGUUUAUUGGUUUGAUUCGUUUGGUCAUUCCUGAUAAAGAAGGCAAGUUAAAGCUGCGUGUGAAUUGGCUGUAUCGUCCUGCAGAGCUAAAACUUGGCAAAGGCAUCCUUUUGGAAUCUCAGCCGAACGAAAUCUUUUAUUCCUUUCACGAGGAUGAGAUUCCGGCUGCAUCCUUACUGCACCCGUGUAAAGUUACCUUUCUUCCAAGAGGCGUUGAACUGCCGUCAGAGAUCUCUUCAUUCGUGUGCUGGCGAGUUUAUGAUGUUAUGAACGACUGUAUCUGGUGGCUCACUGAUCAAAACUAUAUCGAUGAACGACAACAAGAAGUAGAUAGAUUAUUGUGUAAGACUCAUUCCGAGAUGCAUACGACAUUACAGCAGGGUGGUCGUUCCCCUAGUUCAACGAAUAGUCCGACGACAUCGCAAGUGAAAACGGGAAGGAAGAGGGAACGUGGUGAUCAGAGUUCCGAAUCUGUGAAACGGGAACGUCGGAUUGAUGAUAGUGGCUCUGGUUUCCUAAGGACAGAAAGUAGUUUGAAAUCUGAGAUUGCAAAAAUUACUGAGAAAGGCAGGCUGGUGGAUUCUGAAGGGGUUGAGAGAUUGGUGCAGCUCAUGCUGCCUGAGAGGAAUGAGAAGAAAAUAGACUUGGCUGGACGAUCAGUUCUUGCAAGUGUUGUAGCGGCGACAGAUAAGUUUGAUUGCCUCAGUCGUUUUGUCCAGCUCAGGGGAUUACCUGUUUUUGAUGAGUGGCUUCAGGAAAUUCAUAAAGGGAAAAUUGGGGAUGCGAGCAGUCCUAAAGACAAUGAUAGACCAGUGGACGAUUUUCUCUUGAUCUUACUUCGUGCUCUUGACAAGCUUCCGGUGAAUCUCAAUGCUCUUCAGACCUGUAAUAUUGGAAAGUCUGUUAACCAUUUGAGGUCACAUAAGAACCACGAAAUCGGGAAAAAGGCAAGGAGCUUGGUUGAUACAUGGAAGAAACGUGUUGAGGCAGAAAUGGAUGCAAAGUCUGUAUCCAAUCAGGGUGCGUCUUGGCCUGGAAGACCUCGUCAGUCUGAAGCUUCUCAUGGCGUUAGACAUUCAGGUAUAUCCGCUGAUGCAAGCAAGACAUCAUCGUCACAUCUACAUCCUUCUAAGUCCGUGUCCGUAAAAAUACCGUCAAAGAACAGCAUGAAGUCUGCAACCACGUCUCCAAGUUCUACCAGAUCAGCCCCGUCACCUGGAACAGCUGUUGCUGUUGUUAAUGAUGGGCAGCAGAGAAAUACCGGUGCACUCCAUAGAGAAGUUGGGCUGAGCAGGAGCUUCUCAUCUCAAAGAACUGCAUCUUCUGAAAGAGCAUCUCAAUCUACUCUUGAUGUACCUAUGGCUGAAGGGUGCAGCAAUAAGUUGAUCGUUAAGCUGCCAAAACGUGGUCGCAGUCCGGCACAGAGUGUAAGUGGAGGUUCCUUUGAGGACCCUGCAGCUGGUAAUAGCAGAGCUCCAUCACCUGUUCCUUCUGAGAAGCAUGAUCAAUUUGACCGAAAUGGGAAAGAAAUGAAUGAUACAUGUCGAGCUAAUUCUAGCCCUGAUGCGAAUACUGAGUCUUCGCAGAACAAUGACGUAAAAAAUCUAUCGACGGUUUCGGAUGAGGUAGCUGGUUCCCCUUCUGUUAAUGCUGGGGAUGAACACGGCAAGGCUGUUAAUGAUUCUAGUAAAGGUGCAGGUAUUGUCAAACCUACUUCUCCUAUGGUAGGAGAUGACGUCAAAACUGGAAAAAGGCAUGGUGGAUCGCAUAGUUCAAUGAAUGCCUUGAUUGAAAGUUGUGUCAGGGACUCUGAGGCAAAUGCUUGUAUGGCUGGUGCGGAUGAUGUUGGAAUGAAUCUUCUAGCUACUGUAGCUGCUGAUGAAAUGUCAAAAUCCCCUGUUGUAUCACCCUCUGUUUCCCGGGUUUCAGAUUCCGUGCUGAAUGUGGUGCCUGGCGAGCAAGCUGAAGCUGUUUCAAAGGAUCCCACCAUUGUUGACAUUGAGCAACAUGUCAGUAGUAGUGGCGAGCAGUUGGCGGCUUUAGAUAAUGUGGCUGAUUCUAAGGCAGGAGAUCUUGAUGAGAACUCUGAUUCAGAAAUCGAAGAAUUGCAAAGGUUGGUGGAUCAGUGCCUAGAAAGCAAUGAAAAUUCAGAUGAUGUUGCAUCAGAGAUAGGUCGAGCGGUAGAUACAACGAAAAAGACGAUAAACUCUGGCGUAAGUGAAUGUAAAGCCAUUGGCAUAAGUCAAAAUGCCGAUUCUUUGGCUGCUGAACAUUCUCCCUCUGACGUUGUUGGUGAUGAUAAGAAAGAAGAGAAACCAAAGGUGAUUUUGAGUUCUGAGCUAGUUAAUAAAAUGGGUGAAGGUGUAUCAAUUUUGUCAGAGGUUGCCAAGGAUAUAAGUACUGCAAAUGUUGACGGAUCAAUCACAGAAAAAAUGUCGGAUGAUGUUACAUCAGAUACAGCCCAAAGAGUGGCCUCAUCUGUGCCAGCUGAAAGUAAAGCCAUCGACUUAUGUCCUAAAGUAGAUUCUCUGGCUGUUACAAAUUCACCCUCUGAUGUCAGAAGUGAGAACAAGAAUGAGCAGAAAUCUCCGGUAGUUUUGAGUUCUGAGUUAGUUAAACAAUUGGGUGAAGGUAUACCAGAUUCUUCUGGGCUCUCCAAGAUCAAGCGUUUGGCAGCUCGUCUGGACUCACCUGCAAGUAACGGUGAACUUGAGCAUGUAGAAGCAUCUACUGAAGUCGAUAAACGGGGCACCACCGCAUUAGGUCCUCAAGUAGUAUCACCUAAAGUUGCAGAAGAUUGUAGGAGACCUAAUGGGUCUAGAGUGAGUGGUGCUAAUGGAGAUGAAGCGGAGGAAUGUACAUCUGUUGUUAGAGAUGUUCCUUCAGUUUCAGCUACAGCAGGGCCAGAGAUGGAAGCCAGAGUUGAGUUUGACCUAAAUGAAGGUUUUAAUGGGGAUGAUACACGAAACGACAAUGUAAAUAACUUCUCUGGAUCUUCAUCUUUGCCACCUACUCCUUUACAACCCAGUCGACUUCCUGUAUCCAUUACAGUUGCUGCUGCUGCAAAGGGUGCAUUUGUUCCGCGUGAUGAUCUGUUGAGAAAUAAAGCAACUGUUGGCUGGAGAGGAUCUGCUGCCACUAGCGCCUUCAGGCCAGCUGAGCCAAGAAAAGUCCAGGAGGUGGCGCCACUAAGCAUGAAUAAUGUGUCUUCCUCUGAUGCUUCUACAACCGCUGGCAAGCAAACGAAGACGUUUUUGGACUUCGACCUAAAUGUACCUGAUGAGAGAGUUCUUGAAGAUCUGGCUUCCCAAAGAUCUGCCAAUCCCACAAAUUCCUCUGGUGGCCUAGAUCUUGAUCUAAAUAGACUUGAUGAUCCAACUGAUUUGAAUAAUUAUACAAUAAGCAGUGGUCAUCGGGUAGACUCAUCUUUUCAGCAGGCAAACUCAUCUUCUGGUGGUCGUAGAGAUUUUGAUUUAAACGAUGGACCAGCUGCUGAUGAUGCAAAUGUUGAGCCAUCUAUGGUUUUUAGUCAACAUUCCCGAAGUGGCUUGACAUCACAGCCAAUGAUCUCCGGAGUAAGAAUGAGUACUGAGAAUAUGGCGGCUGGCUUCUCAUCUUGGUUUCCUGCUGCUAACAAUUAUUCAGCAAUGAGUACUCCUCAAGUCUUGCCUGAGCGAGGGGAUCAGCCUUUUCCGGUUAUUAGCAGCAAUGGACCGCAAAGAAUGGUUGGUCCUUCAUCUGGAGUUUCCUCAUUUACACCUGAUAUGUACAGAGGCCCGGUUUUACUGUCUUCUCCAGCAGUUUCAUUCCCGUCCACAGCGUUUCAGUAUCCCGGGUUUCCUUUUGGAACAAGCUUUCCUCUUGCCUCAGCAAAUUUUUCAGGUGCUUCAACACCAUACAUGGACUCUUCGUCAAGUGGCAGGCUUUGCUUCCCUCCUGUCAACUCUCAAAUAUUGGGUCCUGGAGUUGCCAUACCGUCUAAUUAUCCAAGGCCUUACGUCGUUAACCUCCCAAACGGUAGUAGCAAUGGUGGAGUUUCGGACGGCAACAGUGCAAAAUGGUUCAGAUCAGGUCUUGACUUAAACUCCGGACCAGGAGGGCAUGAAAAUGACGGUGGGAGAGAUGAAGCAACGCAUGUACAAAGACAGUUAUCUUCCUCUGGUUCUAUACCAUUGAAAGAUGAUCAAGCAAGAAUGUAUCAAAUGUUAGGUGGUGCUCUGAAGAGGAAGGAACCAGAGGGUGGAUGGGAUGGAUAUAAGCAAUCCUCAUGGCAAUAA